CUGAAGACCUGUCCUCUACCUAGAUCUUUACAUUAUUGAACUAGUGUCAUGUUACGGCAAGCACGGGUUGCUGAAGACCUGUUCUCUACCUAGAUAUUCACAUUAUUGAACUAGUCUUAUGUUACGACAAGCAUGGGUUGCUGAAGACCUGUUCUCUACCUAGAUAUUCACAUUAUUGAACUAGUCUUAUGUUACGACAAGCAUGGGUUGCUGAAGACCUGUUCUCUACCUAGAUAUUCACAUUAUUGAACUAGUCUUAUGUUACGACAAGCAUGGGUUGCUGAAGACCUGUCCUCUACCAAGAUCUUUACAUUAUUGAACUAGUCUUAUGUUAGGGCAAGCACGGGUUGCUGAAGACCUGUCCUCUACCUAGAUCUUAACAUUAUUGAACUAGUCUUAUGUUACUGCAAGCACGGGUUGCUGAAGACCUGUUCUCUACCUAGAUAUUCACAUUAUUGAACUAGUCUUAUGUUACGACAAGCAUGGGUUGCUGAAGACCUGGCGGCCUAUUCACGAAGCUGUCUUAGCUAAGACAAAUCUUAGCUACUUACGAUAAAAAUUACGACUGCCAUAAGAGCUAUUCUUGAAGCUGUCUUAAACCUAUCGUAGCCGUGUCCCAGCUACGACAGCUGUCGCGGCUAAGACAGGGAGCUCUUUUCUGUCGGAGAUAGAAAGAGUCGGGUGUUUUCCCGUGACGUCAUAAGGGAAUUCCCUUGACCUACAUUGACGGGCAGACGAUACCUGUCAUCUGUGCGCCAUGGACUCACCUCCGAAAAAUAAACGCAUCAGGAAAGUAAACUGGAUGCCUAUUGAAGUGGACAUAUUAAUUCAAGAAGUGGAGAAAAAUCAUCACAUUUUAUUUUCGGCGUUUUGCAACACCGUGACAAAUGUGCAAAAGAAGAAGAUAUGGACCGACAUCGCUCAGAAAAUCUGUGCCAACAGCUUGGUCAAACGCGAUGAGAAGGACAUCAAGAAGAAAUGGACUGACAUUAAAAGCCAAGCAAGAAGGAAGGCUGCCUCACUAAAAAGAGAGAUUUGUGCAACAGGAGGAGGACCACCACCUCAACCACUUAAUGAAGUUGAAGAGCGGAUUGUAUCACUGAUUCCCUCCUGUCAAAUUGAUGGUUGUGAGGGAGGAUUGGAGAGUGAUGUCAAUGAAUUUGUUCCUGAAGACUUGACAAAUGCCUGUCUGCCUGACGAGCAGUCAGUGUUUGUUAUACAACCAUCACCACCACAGCUGGAGUCACAACAGAAAGCAGCAGUUGUUCAGACCGUACUAGCUGUGGAAGGACAAAUUCCAACCACAGGUGACAAAUUGAUGGCUUUGGAAGAAAGGAAAGUGCAGAUCCUGCAGCAGUUGCUGACAGUAGAAUUGCAGCGUCUCAAUAUUGAGGAAAGAAAUCUUGCUAUAAAUGAAAGAAAUUUAAAAAUAAAUGAAGAAAAAUUGUUGCUGAAACAAGCAGAAAAAAAUGUUCAGUGCCUGUCUCCUCUUAUAUCAUUUCAUCAUUAA